AUGGGCGCCAGCGACGACGCCGAAAAGAAAUGCCGGACCUUGGAGGCUUGGCUGCAGGAGAAUGGGGUCACCUGGGCCACCGACGCAAUGGCUUUCACCGCCCAGGACGUCGUGGGUGGCAUGGGCGUCGUCAGCAAGCGCGCCAUUCGACCAGGCGAGGUUCUGGCUAACAUCCCGAAGUCCGCGGCGCUGUCCAUCAGGAACACUUCCGCAUCGAAGCUGAUCGAGGACAACGGCCUGGACCUGGAUGCAGCGCUGCGCGUGGCCAUCGCCACAGAGGUGGCAUUGGGUGCGCGCUCCCGUUGGCACGGAUACUUCAAGUCCUUCAUCAAGCCUUUUGAAGACUUGCCGUACCUAUGGAGCCCGGAGCAGCGGGCCUUGCUCGCGGGAACGGAUGCGGAAGGGACAGUGGAAGAGACCUUGGCAGAUCUCCAGUCGGAGUAUCGGGAGGUCGUGCUGCCGCUGUUGGACUCUCCGCCUUUGAAUGACGUCGACAUCUCCUUGGAGGAUUACCUUCGCGCAGCGACUCUCGCCACUUCGCGGGCAUUCACAGUUGACGAUUUUCACUUGGAGGCUUUGGUGCCCCUGGCCGAUGCCUUCAACCACCGCUGCCAGAAAGUUCCGGCUGGAGAGACGGUGCGUGAAAUCAGCUCACCAGACGAGGCUGUGCAGCGGCCAGCGGCGUCACGGCGUCGCACGCCGCCCUUUGCCCCGUGGCAGGGGCCGGUGCCUCCCAUGCAGCCAGGCAGAUAG